AAUGCAGGCAAUCUGAAUGGGUCUCCUGAGAGUUCUAGAGGCAAUGAAUAUCAUGGACAACACGGUGUCUCGUUGUGCUCUAGAACGUCUCGAUCACAAGAAGGAAGCAGGACUAACACACAAGGAGAAACCAGAAGUGAAGAAGCGGAGGCAGGUCCUUCGUGGACACCGCAAGAAGCGCCAGGAUCAUGCGGAACGGACUAAGGAACCAUCUUACGAAGCAGGUGCUUUCGCGUGCGGUGACCAACCUGACUCUGACCGACCGGGUCCAUCUGGUGUUGGAAGGAGUCAGUCGCAGAACCGACGGGCCAUCAAAGCGAAGCAACCUGCGAGGAAAUCAAAGAAGAGACCUCGUCCUCCAGAGGACAGUGAUGCCGAUGACGCUUCUUCCUUGCCUGUGGAUGCACAGCCAACAAGGAAAUCGACUCGUACCAGACAUCCUAUGAGUCGAUUAUGUAUUGACUAUCAAUAUGAUGAUGAUGACGAUGAUUGAUGUCAAUGCAUCGUAAGUCUGGGGAGAGUAGCCGGUCGCGAUACCACCGCUGCCUGGAAAAUGCUGUAGAUUGAGCUCAUGACUUGUUCAUGGGGGAUGUCUGCAGCACUAUCCACUCUUUGCAAGACUUUUCUUGUAGGUUGUGCGAACUCCCAUUUCAAUUUUUUUUGAAGAAGAAGAAGAAAAGAUGAUUGUUAGAUGAAAAUAUGAUAGCUAGAUGUAGAUGACUAUUGUUGAGUAUAAUUGAAAUGAAGUGAUAAACGUGUCAGAAACAAACGUGUCAGAAACAUGUGCAAUGUGUGGAGGUUGUUGU